UUCUCAUCAAAAAAAGAGGAGAAGAAGUUCCAAGGGAGGGAAUUGAAAGCCAGACAUUGCGCUGCACGCUUUGUGUUGAAUUUUUUAUCCAAAAUUUUGAUCCCGAUCUUUGAAUGUCCUUUUUCGGAGUAAUAUACCUGUUUUAUUCUUUAUUGGUGAUACAUUUCUUUACCCUGCAAACCUUAGGUUUCUCGUCAAACCUAAGGAAACUGAUCCGGAAUGGUAAAUCGAGUGGUUUAACAGAAUUUUUUUUUUAUUAUUGUCCUCUUCUUGUUCAAGACUAUAUAAGGUUUUUCCCCGUUGAUUACCCAUGGCUAACGGACCAAUGUUGUUUCGUAAAAAGUCACCUGGAGUUGAGGGAAAGCAACUGCCAAAGACAAACAAGAAGCCCGACGUAUCAAAGAAUCCGAGGGAAGUUAAAGGCUUCAAGAUGCACAACUCUCACAGUGUGGCAGGCAAUUUCGUUACAAUGGCAGAGCUUAGGACAAAGGUCCUCACUUUCAGGGACUUAAUUGACUUACCUCCAUGUGUAGCCUCCGCUUCUGCAAACGAGCUGGUGAUAAACACAUUGAAAGAUCUGCACACUAUGUACCCUGAUAUCGUACCAAAAAAUUCAAUGUCAGAAAGUGAAGGAACACCUAUUCAUCAGGCACUGGUCUUGUUUUGCAAUGCGUUGAAAUCUGUUGGAGAAAUCUGGACGAGUAGAGAAGAAUGGAUGGACAAACCCAAAAAAAAAGCAUAUGAUAAUUUGGCAGCCAAUGAACUGGAAAAACAAGCAUUGGCGAUACUUGACGACAUGAUAAACAUGGCAAAAGAGAGGUUGUUCGAUCUGAUGGAAGAAGAUGAACCGCCCAAAGAUUACAGUCCCAAAUCAAAUGCAUUUGGGAGGGCUUUGUCAGAGUACUCGGACGAUAAAACUCCCUCCGGUUCACCUGUCACUCCGACGUCAGUCCUUGCGAACAACAUCAUGACUCAGUCCGGAGCACCUUAUUCCUCACCUCUUCUCUUGCCUCUGAGAAUCCAAGCUGUUGGGAAGUUGAACCCCAUUGACGUUAAGCGCCUCUCUUUCCAUAUGUUCCCUUAUGUAGCAGCCACAGAACAGAUGAAUACGGAAGUUGAGGAACUGAAGCAGGGGAAGGAAGAAAAGAUUGAGAAUGAUGAAUGCGAAAUGAUGGAGGACAUAAUGCUGAUGUCUAACCUGGACAAGCUGACUAGUGACAAAGGAAGAAAAUGGAUUGAUGCCCCAAGUUUGACACCAGCAUCAGGUCAUGAGACCUUGGCAAGAGGUGCCAUGGAUGUGGUAAUACCACCUCCAUCACUCCCUAAGUUGAGACCUAAUGAAGCGCCAGAGGUGAUGUGUCGACCACCAUCACCACCCGUGCUCCCAAAGACAGAAGAAUCAGCAUUACCGCCGCUCAUGUCACCCGAUGUUGUACUGUCACCUCCUUGUCCACCACCACUGACUAUGCCUCCUCCACCACCACCACCUCCAUCCAUACCAUCACCGAACGUAACAACAUUUCCUCUUCCGUCGCCACCACCCCCACCACCGUCACCACCCAAACUGGCACCAAAUAUAACACCAGGACCUCCACCACCACCCCCCAUGCCAACAGGGAAUGGCGCCACACCUCCACCGCCUCCACCACCACCUGGGAUGCCAUCAAAUGGAUCAGUGCCACCGCCACCGCCACCACCUGGGACAUCGUCAAAUGGGCCUGUGCCGCCACCACCCAUGCCACCGGGAAAGGGAGCUGCUCCCCCGCCACCUCCUGGUUUGGGUGGUGCAAGAUCCCUACGUCCCAAGAAAGCAGCAACUAAAUUGAAGAGAUCAUCCCAGAUGGGUAAUCUCUAUCGAGUUCUAAAAGGUAAGGUAGAAGGGUCUAGUCUACAUGGUAAAUCAUCACAUGGCAAAAAGAGUAAAGCUGGGGCACCAGCUGGAGGACAACAGGGAAUGGCUGAUGCACUAGCAGAGAUGACCAAAAGAUCAGCAUACUACCAACAAAUUGAGGAGGAUGUUAAAAACCAUGCAAAGACAAUAAUGGAGGUUAAAGUUGCUAUUAGUACUUUCCAAACUACAGACAUGGCUGAGCUCCUCAAGUUCCAUAAAUACGUGGAAUCUCAUCUAGAGAAACUAACAGAUGAAUCUCAGGUGCUAGCAAGGUUUGAAGAAUUUCCUGGAAAAAAGUUGGAGGCAUUGAGGAUGGCAGCAGCACUCUACUCCAAGUUAGAUGCAAUGGUCAAUACUCUGACAAAUUGGAAGAUAGAGGCUCCUCUAAGUCAGCUCCUUGACAAGUCUGAGAGUUACGUCAAUAAGAUCAAAGGAGAUUUGGAAGCACUGGAACGAACUAAAGAUGAAGAAUCCAAGAAGUUCCAAAGUCACAAGAUUAAUUUCGAUUUCGGAAUUCUCACAAGGAUCAAAGAAUUGAUAGUCGAUGUUUCCUCCGGUUGUAUGGAGUUGGCACUUAAGGAGAAGAGAGAAGCUAAGGCGAAGGAAAACCAAGAAAGUGGAUCUAAAGCUGAAGCAAAGAAGAAAGGAUCUGCAAAAAUGCUUUGGAGGGCUUUCCAGUUUGCAUACCGGGUCUAUACAUUCGCAGGAGGACACGAUGAUCGCGCCGACAUGUUGACAAGAGAACUGGCUCAGGAAAUCGAGACCGACCCUCAUCACUAGUACAAUAAAUAUAGAUUACUAAAAGAUUUAACAAAUACAAAAAUGACAUGCUCUUGAUAUAUUUGCGUGUUGAGGCUUUUGAUCACGUUGAAGCAUGUCCAGGCAAGUGCCUCGGAGAUGCUUCUUCUGAGACAGGAUUUCCAAAUACUAGGAUAUUUCUCAAUAACUACCCUCUAUAUGUUGCAAUGAAUGUCCUCUUAUUUAUCCUCUUAUCUACAUUUUGUUUCAUUUC